UAAAAGAAAUAGACUUUAUACUGUUCGAAUUAUUUCGGUUCUUUACAUACAGCUAAUGAUACAACUUGUUAUGAAUUUUAUAACAUAACAAUGCAUUCUGAUUGGUUCCUUUAUAUACUUGUGAUUUAAAGAAUUUUAAGUUUUUCAUUCUGCCGUCGAUAGCCGAAAACUAAUGUUGUGUUUUCCGUUGAAAGUUCAUCCUGUGAGGCAUGGCAACUACUUUUGAUUUAUUUGAGCUGUGAAACUUUUGUAUCUUUAUUUUUCGUAAGUACUUUUUUGGUGAUUAAUUUCUUUUUCUUUUUGUCUUUUAAAUUUUUUAUCAAGUCAUUUGUUGCAAAAAAAAAAAAAAUAAUUACUUUUUCAAGUUGCCCUGUCUUACACAGGAGGCUUACCAUGGCUGUAACCCGAAAUAAAGCUAGAAAAAAUUAUAAACUAUUAAGUGAAUUUGGUUUGGAUCAGGACGUUCUCGAUGUUUCGGACCCUACUUCUGACAUUUUUGAUCAUGAGACUUCACCUGAUGAAGUGGAUAGGUUGGAACAUAGGAUCCACAAUUUAGAGUUAAGCAUUUCCGAAAAAGAAAGGAAACUUGAAAAAUCCGAUUUUGAAAAACAGGGGGCUAUCCCAAAAACUCGUUUGAAAAAUGGGGAGUUGAGUAAACUUAUUGAUCCGGUCAAGGAGAAAGGUGUAGUUGAGAAGUCGAACAAUCCGCACAAGCCACAGUCGAGUGCUCCUAAAGUGAAAUCAACUGAAAUAGCCGGUAAAAAGACCAAAUCAGCGAAAAGAAAAGACACCAGCGACUCCAAAAGUGUUAAAAGGAAGGAUUUGCAAGUGCUAAGACGAGAUAUGUUUGUGACUAGGAUUUCGGCUUUCGCGAAAGAUUUUAGGUCUACUCUGGUGUGCGAUUCCAUAGCCAAGCAUGUUAAAACAAUUAGAAGGUGUCACUUGCAAGCCUUUCCUGGAGCAAAUAUUUGGGAUAUGAUCAAUUUGCUUAAUUGUGGAACAAUUCAGGUAAAUUAUGAUAUAAUUCUGAUUCAUGUAGGAACCAACAAUGUUGGUACCUAUGAGAUUGCUGAUUUUGAUAUAGGCUAUAAUGUGCUUAUCUCUACAAUUGAGAAAUUAGUUAAGCCACAUACUGUCAUAGUUAUGUCAGCAAUUAUCCCACGCUUACUUGAUUUUCAGAAUACAAGUUAUUUUGUCACUACUAUUAAUUCUAGAUUAAGAAGUUUAUGCUUUAAACGUGGUGUUCAGUUUGUAGCUACUUAUAAACCUUUUUUAAAGUUUGGGAUGCCAGUUUGUGAACUUUAUUCACCCAUCUGUAAGUUACAUUUGAAUUAUUUUGGUAAUUUAAAAUUGACAAAUUUUUUUGUUCAAGUAUUGUCUCAUUGUUAAACAAGAGGAUGUUAAGUCUCAUCUUGUUACUGUUAAACAGAAGGAGCAAUCUUAUUCUGUGCCUUUUUUUUUUUUUUUUUUUUUUUUUUUUUUUUUUUUAUCUAAUUGUGCUUACAGUAGUGGGUGAUUGUAUAUAUCCUUAAGGGAACAUUUUGUUUUCUGGCCAAUCUUGUCAGAAAGAUCUGAUCAUUCAUGUCAGUGGUAUUGUUUGAUAUCUGACCAUUCAUGUCGGUAUUAUUAUAUGUAUUUGUUAGAAAUAUCUGACCAAUCAUGUCAGUAAUAUUUUUUUUUGAUUUCUGACCAUUCAUGUCAGUGAUAUUUUGUGAUUUCUGACCAUUCAUGUCAGUAUUUUCAUUAUUUUUGCUUGUAACUUAAAUAGCUUUUAAAUUUUGUUUAAUAUCAAUCAAUGUGCUGUAGUUACUGUUUGGCCGUUGGGGUUUUGGUGCUGAACAUUGAUUGGAUUAACUUUAACGUCUAUUAUUGUUUUUUCAUAUGAAAUUGUAAUAAUUUGCCAAAAUUAAAUGUUUUAUUUUAAUUCGUUUUAAUUCCUACUGAGCAUUUAUUUAGUAUUGCUUUGCAUCCAGUCUUCUCAUAUCUUUAAUAUAUCUGCGUCUAUUUACUUCGAAAGAGCAAAUUGUGCUAUUUUUAAUUAAUUAAAAAUAUAUAAUUGGCGACUAGAGAUAAAAGAAAUAGACUUUAUACUGUUCGAAUUAUUUCGGUUCUUUACAUACAGCUAAUGAUACAACUUGUUAUGAAUUUUAUAACAUAACAAUGCAUUCUGAUUGGUUCCUUUAUAUACUUGUGAUUUAAAGAAUUUUAAGUUUUUCAUUCUGCCGUCGAUAGCCGAAAACUAACCCUCCCAUUAUUUAUCCCACCCAAUAUUUAUAAUCAGUAGUUUCAGUCUCAUUUUCUGUGAAAGUUUUAUUUUUCAGUGUAUGUUCCUUGACGGUGUUACUGUGGAUAUACGAAUUUACAAUAUAAUCGACUGAUUAAAGGACAAUAAAGGAGCAAUAGAGUUUAUAACCGAUAAUUUGGAUACGGAUUAAUUCACAAUGGUGUAGAUGUCAGAUUUAUCGUUGCCUGCAGAAUAUAGAUGUGUGGUCAAAGUGUUGUUGACGAAUGGUGGUGCUGAACAUUGAUUGGAUUAACUUUAACGUCUAUUAUUGUUUUUUCAUAUGAAAUUGUAAUAAUUUGCCAAAAUUAAAUGUUUUAUUUUAA